AGACAGCUUUUAAGAGUUUACAUCUGUUCCGCUGAAAUAUAUUGAACUUUUAUGUCUUUUCUUAGUUUUUUUUCUUCAAAUUUUGUUUCUAGAUAUUUAGGUGAAACUCAUUUAGGCUUAAUCAUUAUUACUUUUUUGUAAAAUCUUGGUAGCAUGUUGCGCAUAUGUAUGUGUAAUAUAACUAACAACGAAACACCGCUAGAAAAUAUAUUUUUCUAAUAUAUUAUGGCAAUACGCAUAAGGCCAUAUAGUCUAUGGGAGCUCAAUGCUUUGCAUAUAAUGGAUAAAAUUCAUAAUCUUCAUGACUCUUAGUAGGGAUCAAAACAUCUUCUCUUUUUUUUUUUUUUACGUUUUGUUUUGUAUUGUUUUUUCUGGCAGUGUAUGAAUGUUAAAUAUCUCUUCUCUCACCAAUUUGAUGUCGAAGCUUCAAGCUCUCUGCGGCGGGACCUAAGACUAGUGAGUCAACUCAGUUUCUGUUCCACAAUUUUUUCAGUCACACCCACCCAGGAUGCACACAGCACAACACAGUCACAGGCCAGGCACACACCUGAAUUUAGAGAGGUAAUGGGUAAAUUUCCUGGAUUUGGUGGCUAUAUCAAUCAGAACACUCAACAGCCUCCUAAGGCUGAGUCUAAGAGAUCUGAAAAUGUGAAAUCUAAGUCAAGGCCAGAGAUAAAUGCUCCCGAGGAGAGAGAUGAGAUGAAGGAGCAAUUAAAACUUUGGAGACAUGCAGAGAAGAAAGAACAAUGGGAAGAUCUCCCUGCUAAGGUGAAGGUGGAAACAGAAGAUGGCCUUUCCCAUGUGGACAUUGUGUUUAUAUUAGGAUUGCCUCCUCAAGCAGCCUACGACGUUUUAACUAAUCCAGACAACCAAGCAUACUCCAGAAUAAUCAAUCAGCGCCACGAACUUUUGGAAAACGUGUCAAGAAAAGUUGUGAAGGAUGAUGGAGCAAGGCAGACGGUGGAGUCGGAGAAAGCUGUGGCCUGGAAGUUUCUUUCGUGGUCUGGAACCAUCCCGAUAACUCUAGAUUUUGUCGAAAACCGUAAAAAAAUUUCUGCGGUAUAUAUGAAAAACAAAAUGAAGUUCAUGAAAACUUUUGAGGGUAGUUGGAAAGUGGAGCCAGUAUACGUGGAUUCAGAACGCUUGUGCAAGAACAUGAAGCCAAAGAGUCGAGAAGAAUACCAAAAAUGUAGCGGUGGACAUAUUGCGUCGAAGGUGACAAUGAAUCAAACCUUUCAACCUUCUACUCUUUUGAAUCUACCACCGCUUUCUUGGUACAUCCGCAAGAUCACCAUCACGAUCACCAAGAAUCUAGUACAAGAUCUUCAAGAUAGGGGAGCCAUAAUACGAGGAGUUUGAAAUGUCCUCAAACCAUUUUGGUAUAAACAUUAAUUAGUUCUCUAAAUCCACUUUAUUCAAAGUCACUUUGUUCAUCUCAAUACUUAUGUGUAUGCUUUACCGAAUACAAAAAGAUGCGUGUAUCAUGUCAUUAUUAACAAGUACAUUAGAAAAAGAAA